AGCAAUCACGGUGGUGAUUUUGGGUUUGUGCGGUGUGGGGCGAUGGCGAGGUGUGGGUUCGGCGAGUGACGGAGGCGAAGGCGGGCGAGGCCAGGGUCCGAAGGGCCAGGCAUGUGGAGGCAUGGCCGGCGAGGCGGCGGGGACGUCGCGCGGGCUCCGGGUGUACAAGAUCGUCGUGCUGGGGGACGGGGGGGUGGGCAAGUCCGCGGUUACUCUUCAGUUCGUGAGCCACAGUUUCCUGGACUACCAUGACCCUACAAUAGAGGACUCAUAUCAGCAGCAAGCUGUCAUUGACGGAGAACCAGCCUUGUUGGACAUUUUGGACACAGCAGGACAAGUGGAGUUCACAGCAAUGCGGGAGCAGUACAUGCGGUGCGGAGAGGGCUUCGUGCUCUGCUACUCCGUAACGGACCGGCGCUCCUUCCGCGCCGCGGCCGAGUACCGCCGGCUGCUCGCGCAGGCGCGGCCCACGGAGCGCCUGCCUCUUGUACUCGUCGGGAAUAAGCUGGACUUGGCUCCUAGGUGUCGGCAGGUGACGACUGAAGAAGGCUCGGCUCUGGCCACGCAGCUCGGUUGCCCGUUCUUCGAAACGUCGGCUGCGUUGCGACAUUUCGUCGAUGACGCUUUCCAUGCGCUCGUGCGUGAGAUACGCCGGUUGGAGCGACAGAGACAGUCCUCGCUAAUGGGCACCGGCAUCUCGACGGGCGGCGGGCGCCGGCGCUGGCGGCGUCUCCGCAGCAUCUUCGCGCUCGUGUUCCGCCGGCGGCGGCGCCACGACUGAACGUAAGCCUUAGCACAACCUCUUUAGGUUCAGAUUCGAAUGACGCGUCGAGGCGACGUUAGACUGUGCGAACCAAUGGUAUUGUAAUGGUAAUGGAUUCAUAGUUCUUUUAUGUAGUGUUCUAGAAAGAAACAGCCUUUGAAUGAACCUUUUAGGGUGUCCGUACAAUGGGUAUGAGUGGUUGCAUGAAGUAUUAAGAAAAUUGUGUUAAAUCAAGCCAAAGCUGAUAUUUUUUUUUAGAUUUAUAUCUAUUUCACUACCGUAUCGAAUAAAAUUUUCUAAUUAGGUCAUUCACCUCCAAUAUUAAACUGUCUUUGAUUGUUAUUUUAUUUAUUCAGAUGCAGUCGCUGUAGAUCUGAAACUGAUGUUUAUUUAUGUUG